CUUAAACACUACUCUCGGGAACUUGGUUAGGCACCGGUCGCUGGACCCUGUGUUUUACCCUUUCGCACGGUAACGCGGAUUCACUCGCAACUAGUUUCGAAUAGGCUUCAGCUUUGUCUCGACGCGGAUCAACCUAGUUUUUGUUCACUUCUAGCUAGUUUGAAUUUUCAGCGUGAUAAGCUUGUUUUUCUUUGCUAGAUUCUCGAGCCUCUGUGGACCGGUUGAACUUAAGUGCAGUUUAGUGCAGCUAUAAGAAACAUAAUGGCAGCCAAGUACAGUUUCAGCGUUUUGGCCCUUCUGGCGGUGCAAGUGUGUGUGGCGCUGUCUGCGGAUUGUCCCUCUUUCAGAGAAUUCUUCGGAAAUUGCCGUAAAGACUCACCAAAAUUUGACGACUGCCUGCUGUUUGCUUUGAACAAAGCGAGGCCGUGCUUGCAAUAUGGUGAUCCCUCGUUGAACAUCCCAAUCCUGGAGCCGAUCAAGUACGCCGAGCACGCGGCACCGUUCCACGGUGACACCAGCUACGCCGGUCUUUACUCCCUCUCAGUCACCCUGCCCAAUAUCACAGAAUGGGGAUGGGCCAAUUCUACCUACACUAAAGUCAAGUCUGAUUUCAACAGAGGCAAGUUGGUUGUCUACCAAGAGGUUCCAUUCAAACAUGUCAUCUCUGGAGUUCAAGCCAGCGGAGAUUUCCUCGGAGUGCCCCUCGGGGACAGAACAGGAGACAUGGUCCUGGACAUGUACGGAGUCAAGCAAAGGUACACCCUCCAGCUGAUCCCAGGCACAGACAAGAUCAAGGUCUCUCUGAUUGUUCUGUCAGUCCGUGAUGUCAAACUACAGCUUUACAACUUUACAGAGGACGCAUUUAUCGAGGGUGUCAUCAACCGCGCCCUUUCCCGAUUCUGGAGGAUCGGAUACGACGUGGUCAAAAUGUUCGCCUACGAACUGUCUGACCAGGCCAAGACAGCCCUCGCCAACAAGCUUUUCACAACGGUCGACCUCAAGAGCCUCCUCACGAAGCCCAGCAAGUUCUAAGCUACCUGAACAUUGUCCGUUCCUCAAUCUUUUGAACCAAAUUGCCAAUGGAGGCCAACCUUUAGGAGAGGAUUGACUCCGUCCGUUUGUGACUCAAUCCGUUCCUUAAGACUCAACUAAUGUUGCCAUCGUGUAAAUACUUUCGUACCGGCGCGGCCGAUUCUUGAGUUGUUUGGAUUAGAUAAGACUGAAUGACAGAGGCGGAUCCAGCAAUUUAGCAACACCGGAUUUCCUCCAUUUAAACCUAUGUUAAAUAAUCGAUUCUUGUCGGAGAACCUGAUCCCUCCAAGAAUCGAUACAUUUUCACUGAUUUAAAUGGAGAGAAAACAAUGUUGCCAAUUUGCUGGAUCCGCCAGUUCUGCGAAUGAAAAUAUUUCAUUGGUUACGCACGAAACAUUGCUAAUAGGAAAGAAUCUUUAAAGUCGACUGAAAAUAAAUAACAAUAUCGACAGUCAGAGUACGGAACCGCGUAUCUCCGAUUGCGACACCGUAGAUUUCCUGUCAUACUUUAUUUUUUCUUUGGAAAACUAUUCAGCGUAAUUUCUUGAAAAAUUCCAAGAGUUUUCCUCUCUGUUGGAAGAAUAUUCUGUAUAAUUUUCAAGUUAUAAUGUUUGCUUGGUUUUCCUCCAAAAAAUAAAAUAGGAGCGGCAAUUUUGAAAUAUCGCAAUGGAGAUACGUGGUUACAUAGUUUGGCCGUCGAUAUGUUUGCACUCUAUACCGACGGCGAAACCAUAAACAACACGUAUCUCAGUGGUAUGUGGCAUCGUAUUUUUUUAUUUUUUAAGGAAAACUAUUCUACGUCAAUUCUUGAAGACUUCACUGCUAUUUCCCCACAUAGAAACAGUAUUCUGUGAACAUUUCAAGUAGUGAGGUUGAUUCGUGUUCCUUCGAAAGAUAAAAAACCAAACGGAAAUGUCAAUACACCGCUUUUUGGAUCCGUGUUUUCAUUGUUACACCAUCGACGAACGAAAUUAAAAACUUUACUCGAUGAGAAAGAUUCAUUAAUUAAACCAACCAAUGACGCAGCUGAAUUUCAGUCGAAAACAAUUCAACAAUCGGCCAAGAGGGCAGUGAAUUUUCUUUAAAGAUGCCCCUCGAAGCUGAAAAUUUCAGAAAUGUUGUAUGAGAGAUGAACAAAGAUAUAAUGUUAUUUUUUAAUCAGUUGUAGUAAAAUAAGAUACUUACAUUAAGCUCAAUUUUACGACAAAAAUAACCAAGAACACCAAAGUAAACGUUUAAAACCGCCGAGCUUUUGAUAAUUUAGUCACGGUAAAGAGUCAAAACUUCAUAGGCCACAAAAUUCACAACACUUUUCAAUAAGUUUGCUCAAUUUUUCAGCUUUCGAGGGCAUGAUGCGGGAAAAAUUGUGAUAUCGCGGAAAAUUCUGUACGUGCUCCAAUUAAAUUAUAUUAGUUUUAAGUUGUACAGCGCUGAGCCAUAAUUCAGCUAUACUAAAUCGCACUUCGGUAGGGGUGCCAAUUUUACCGGGCAGGUAACACCUGUUCUGCGUAGAGAUAACCUCAGUUCCUAAGACGUAAUUUUCUCUAAUGUCGAAGUCACUUUGAGCCUUGUUCGGAAACAUGGUUUCCCUCAUUAAAAAUUUAGUCACUUUCAAAAUCCAAGUCAAAACCGAACACUCUCAUUUUUAAAAAAAACUCCUGUUUAAAUUAAAAAGUGCGGAAUUAAUUUAUUCAGUUUACACGCUAAAUUAUUAUUGUAAAUAAAAAAAACAACUACAACGAAAAAACCGACAUGCACCUACAUUUUCAGACCGCCGACAAGCAAUGCUCGUUUUUCAUUUCUGAUAGUCUUUUUUUUAAAAAUAACUUUUUUAUACAUAUGUAAAUAGCUGCUACUCCGAAAUGCUCGAAAUAUGUCAUGUGACUUUUGAAUAAAACGAUCUUUAAAAAA